AUGGCAGCAACCGUCACUGAGGCGUCGGCCCACCUGGCGCGCAAUUUCGCGAGGGGCCAGCAGAAGAUUUACCUACCGAACCACAUCAUCACCUUCAUCCGGCCCAAGCCCAGGCAGCCGCCCAACAUGGCCACGUUCGUGGUGCCGCUCAAGUUCAACAAGCUCGACAUGCGCGACUACCUGUUCCACGUGUACGGCGUCAAGGUGCAAGCGGUGCGGUCCUUCGUCAACCAGCCGGCGCCCGACCGCCGUAACGGCGGCGACGGCCGCUGGUACCGGCCGCGGUCGCAGAAGAUGAUGAUCGCCGAGCUCGUGAACCCGUUCGUGUGGCCCGACCCGCCCGCCGAGGGCCAGCGCGAGGCUUUCGACUUUGAGAUCUUCAGCCGCAUCGAGAAGGGCCGCGAGUCCGACCUCAGCCGGAGGACCAUCCGCGCCAAGGGCGACAUCCCGCUGCGAGAGCUGGAGCCGACGUCGCGAGACCGCAAGGCGCUGAGGAAACAGGUCAGAGAGAUCCUCGCGGGCGGCAGCGGCCGCGACAUCGGCGAUGAUGGCUCUCCGUCGUGGACGAGCAAUGCGGAGAAGGGCGAGAAGUGGGUCGAGGUCGAGGAGAAUGUCAAGCUGCCUUGA